AUAACAACAAAAGCUUUACAAAUUCGCUGGUUUUAUUCGCAGAUGGCACUGUAACUAGUUCUUUUUGGAGGAACGUUAAGCGUGGCUAAUCCUAGGAAGAGGAAAAUGAGCAGUUCUGAGGAGGUGUCGUGGAUUUCCUGGUUUUGCGGCCUUCGAGGAAAUGAGUUCUUCUGUGAAGUUGAUGAAGACUACAUUCAAGAUAAAUUUAACCUGACAGGCUUAAACGAACAAGUGCCACAUUAUCGACAGGCUCUGGACAUGAUUCUAGACCUCGAACCAGAUGAUGAGCUGGAUGACAACCCAAAUCAAUCAGACCUGAUUGAGCAAGCAGCAGAAAUGCUGUAUGGUUUAAUCCAUGCACGUUACAUUCUAACAAAUCGUGGCAUAGGUCAGAUGAUAGAAAAAUACCAGUCUGGAGAUUUCGGCCAUUGUCCAAGAGUAUAUUGCGAAAGUCAACCUAUGCUCCCAAUAGGAUUAUCAGAUGUUCCGGGUGAGGCCAUGGUAAAAUCCUAUUGUCCUAAGUGCAUGGAUGUGUAUACGCCAAAGUCAUCACGACAUCAUCAUACAGAUGGUGCAUAUUUUGGUACUGGAUUUCCUCAGAUGCUUUUCAUGGUUCAUCCAGAGUACCGGCCAAAACGACCUUCUAAUCAGUUUGUUCCAAGGUUGUAUGGGUUCAAGAUUCAUCCCCUGGCAUACCAGAUUCAGCAGCAAGCAUCGUCAAAUUUUAAGGCACCACUCAGGGCCCUAAGUUACAACAACGGAAAGCGCUGAAAGAACAAAAGCAAGGGCAUUGCAGAUUCACCACCACAGCGUUCCGAGACUUGUGAUGUGAUGUCAUGUAACUGAAACAUAAACAACUCGUAGAUUUGCAAGUGAUAAAACACAGGGACACUUAUGAUUAUUUUCAAAUUUGUGAGCAUGUGCAACAUAUGUCUUCAUUAUGCAACCAUAUACCAAUAAAUCAAAAUUGAUAAGUGUAAGUCAAACUUGCUGGAAGUUUCCUGUCAAGCAGCUCUGUUACUUUACUUCACUUCUGCUGCUCCUCCAAAGACAGUGACAUUAUUUAGUUUUAUGCUUAACAUAGGCUGAGGUAAUUAUCCAGCACUGUUAUGUAAUGAAACAGUAAGAACUCUGAAAUCUGUAUCAGCUGGUGCACAUUCAGAAGACAUUUAUGUUCUUUGUAUUUAAAGUAUUUAAUUUGUUCCCCCAUUUUUUAAUGUUCAUAUGAAGUAACUGAAAAGAAUCCCUGUAAAACAACACAGUAAAUGCAUAAUAUGGAUGUGGAACGUAGAGAGGCAGGCUACACCACUAAUAGUGAAGGAUGGUCAAGUACUGUUUUGUACUGUGCUUUGUGCAUUACAAUAUACCAGUUUAUAAAUGCUGCA